CGAGUAUCUUCUAUAUAUUCGCCCCAGGCCUAAUUGAUACGCCAGAAAGCAUCAUCGUCUUCUUCGAACCCUAGCUCUCAGCAAGGAAUUGUGCGUAAGAUGGGGGAUGAUGGUAAUUACCGCUGUUUCAUAGGAAACCUGUCAUGGACAACAUCUGACAGUGGCCUCAAAGAAAAAUUCAGGAGGUUUGGAAAUGUUGUUGAGGCAAAGGUUGUUGUUGACAAGUUUGAUGGGCGUUCGAAAGGUUUUGGCUUUGUUGGAUUUGAUACUAAGACAGCAAUGGAAGAUGCAAUAGAAAAAAUGAAUGGAAUGGAUUUAGAUGGCCGUACAAUUACUGUUGACAAGGCACAACCUCAACAGGCUUCUGGCAGAGGCUAUGAUAAUGACCGGCCACGUGACCGUGAUCGUGACCGCGGUCGUGACCGUGGCAGUCGUGAUUAUGGAGGUGACCGCGGAUCAGGUGGGGGAGAAUGCUUCAAGUGUGGAAAGCCAGGACACUUUGCCAGGGAAUGCCCUAGUGGAGGAGAUAGAGGUGGUGGGAGGUAUGGUGGAAAAGAUGACAGGUAUGGUGGUGGUGGUGGUAGUGGUAGAAGCAGUGGUAACUAUGGACCUGACCGCAAUGGAGAUAGGUAUAGCAGUGGUCGCAGCAGGGAUGGUGGAGGUGAUCGAUAUAAUCGUGACCGUAGUGGGCCAUAUGAUCGUCGAAGUGGAGGUUCUAGAGCUGAUUAGUAAUGAUGCUGCUUUUGAUUUGCAGGCUAGAAGAAAGCUGGAGGCGUGCUACUGCAAGUGGAUGAAACUGUGACCUCUUCUUUGGCAGCGACAUGAUUGUCGAUCAUCAAUCAAAUCUUUUGAACUUGUGAAAUGUGACACUAAUUAUCUACUCUUCUCUUUGCCCAGUAAAUUGUUCGAUAGUAUGGUUUGUUUGGGAUCUUAUGCUUGCUUAAUUUGCACGUUUGAGUGUGGUACCAGUCUUUGAAUGCUACAAUCAAAUGAAUGCUCUUUGUUAUUCUCGCUUUUUUGAGUUGGAAUUGAAUGCUCUAUCUGUGCUGCUGGAUUAGUUGUGAAAUCUCUUGCAUUGAACGCCCGAAAGUCUCCCUGAUGUUGUCACAUGGUCACUAACUAGUAUCAAGGGUUCUUAUGAAACUGAGUGCUAGAGGCUGUCUUAGAAGUGGGUGGGUUUUUUAUUUGGUCCUGUUCUUGUAAGUGAAAAUCUGAUUCUUAAUCCGGGCUACAAUUGGCCCCCUUUUCGGGUAUUACAUGAUUGGCUUCUUUUGGUAAUUGAGCAAAAGAUUGAUCUACUGGCCUCUUAACGCUCGAGUAGACUAUUUUCUCUCCAUGAGUAUAUCAACUGGUGUCACACCUGUUUUCAUUUCCCGUUUUUGAAUCCGAUCUUUCUUGGAGUUUGUUGUUCUAUAUGCCCCGGGGUUAUGGAAUGGAUUUAAGCGAUUGGUUAUCCUCUUCCAAUUGGUCAUUUGUCUUCUGUUGUGCCCCUUUUGUUGAUACUAGUAGUUAGUCUGUUGGUGUCAUAUUUACUUUUUGAAUUAGAAUUUUCAUAACUUGACCGGUGAUCAAACCAACUUUAUAUAUUUGUUGAACUCAAAUGCAGAAAUUGAAUCGGAUUG